AAAAGUAAAACAAUAAAAAUCUAUAAUUUGGGAAAAAACACAUUUUAUAUUUAAAAAAAAACAACCAACAAAAAGUUGGUUCCGCAUUAUUCCUUUUCGUUUUUUAAUUAAACACAACUACCACUCCCAAAAUAAAAAAAAAUUAAAAGGAGAAAAACCAUAUAUUUGCAAUUUAAAAGGAGAUUUGAUUUAAAUUUACUUCGUCCUCAUCUACAUCAAGUUUUCGCCUUUUGUUUAUGCAGAAAAAAUGGAAAAACAAAACCAAUUCAGUACAUUAUAAGAGCCCUUUGAAUUGAAUUUAUAAUACAGAGAAUUGUAAUUGUGAUUGUGAAGGAGGUCCCCCACCCACCCUACCCCCUCACGCACAAACUGUACCCACCCAAUCUUCUCUCUUUUUCUACAUCUAGAACAUGCUCAUUUUCCUCUACUAAUAUAGAAUAUAAAUUAAAUAAAAAAAUCUCUUCUUCUUAUCCUCAUUCACCGCCUUACAUAGUUUUCCACUUUCCCUUCAUAAAAUAAAUCAUACCCACAUCGAUUUUUGUUGCAAAGUUCAAAUCUUUAUGUAUUACAAGGUUAGAUUUUAAUUUUGUUUUUCCUUUGAAAAUUUGGGUUGGGGAAGGCAAAUGAACAGGGGUUAAUAAGAUGGGGAAUCGAACCUUCACUAAUAAGAUCUGGUUUUGGAUUUAACGAUAAUCAAGAAAGAAUUUUUUUUGUUUGGUGAAGAAAAAGUUAUUUGGGAAAUGUCGCUUUUGCCCAAAAGCGAUUCGAUUCACAUCCGAGAAGUUUGGAAUGACAAUCUGGAAGAAGAGUUCGAUUUGAUCCGAGAAAUUGUUGAUGAUUAUCCGUAUAUAGCUAUGGAUACGGAGUUUCCAGGUGUUGUUCUCCGACCUGUCGGGAAUUUUAAGAAUAGUAAUGAUUUUCAUUACCAAACAUUGAAGGAUAAUGUGGAUUUGUUGAAGUUGAUUCAGUUGGGGUUAACGUUUUCUGAUGAAAAUGGGAAUUUGCCAAAGUGUGGAACUGAUAAAUACUGUAUUUGGCAGUUUAAUUUCUGUGAUUUCAAUCCGAAUGAGGAUGUUUAUGCUAAUGAUUCGAUUGAGUUGUUGAGACAGAGUGGUAUUGAUUUCAAGAAGAAUAUAGAAAAUGGGAUUGAUGCUAAGAGGUUUGGUGAGAUUUUGAUGUCUUCAGGGAUUGUGUUGAAUGAUAAUGUGUAUUGGGUAACCUUUCAUAGCGGGUAUGAUUUCGGGUAUUUGUUGAAGAUCUUGACAUGUCAGAACUUGCCUGAUACUCAGACGGGUUUUUUCAAUCUGAUCAACAUGUAUUUUCCUGUCCUUUACGAUGUUAAGCAUUUGAUGAAGUUUUGCAAUAGCCUUCAUGGUGGAUUGAACAAGCUUGCAGAGCUGUUGGAGGUUGAGAGAGUUGGUGUUUGCCAUCAGGCCGGUUCGGAUAGCUUGCUUACGGCUUGUACUUUUAGGAAGUUGAAAGAGAACUUCUUUAUUGGCUCAAUGGAGAAGUAUGCUGGUGUUUUGUAUGGUCUAGGUGUUGUUGAGAAUGGACAGAGUGUCCAUUGAAGAACAAAGAAAAAAUGAACAAAAAAAAAAAAAUUAAAAAUAUGUGAAAAGAAAAAAGCAUAGAUGCUUAGUAUUUGUGUGUGUUUAUGAUGCCACACUAUGUAAACUUUUUGUGAGAAAGUUUGCUUUUGAUUUAUGAUAUCAACCCUUGUUUUGGCUAAA